CGGGGUGGCCAUGCGUCCUUUUACGUUUUGACCUUGCACAGACAUUUACUUGUUUUUUUGUAAUAGACUAAUAUACAUAUUUACUGUUUGCUUGCAUUUUAUUCCUUAAAAACUCAUCAUAUGACUGUUCGUCAGUCGGACAUGUUUUGGAAAGAUAUUCUUGAAAUGAGCAUCGCCGAAAAGGAGGAAGUCACAACUGUCUGAAAUUAAAAGUACUUUAUUGCGAAUUGUGUAGUCUCUGGCGUUGCCAUGUGGAAACUGUGAUGGUUCGCGUCGAAUCAAGGAUGCAAACAUGCGUCGUCGUUAACUUUUAAGUUAAGAAUUGUUUGGUGUUUUACACAAGGAGGGAGCAUCACGAUAAUAGCAACUCAAAGGUCAUUUUAUCGUCUCGCUACUUCGUAUGAGUUAUUGGCAGCUUGGUGGGACACUGAAAAGUUUCGCGGCAUUGUGAGUGAAUUGAUGUCUACUUAGUUCAUCCAGUAUUGCGCUUUACGUAAUGGAAGGCGCCACUGAAGACAAGGGACUGGGGGAGGGGGUCAGCGGGGCUCUGAGCACGGCCGCGGAACGUUCCGGAGAGAAGGAGAACCUCACUUCUGCACAGACACACAAGGAGCACGCCGAAAAGAGCAGCGAGGCAGAGGAGGACGAAGCUGGCGAGGCAGACGGAGGGGACGGGGUGGACCUGUCCUCCAUCAACGCCAUGAUGUCCACUGUGAUGAGCGCGGGUCAGCUCAACGGGGGCAGAGACUCCGCCUCCACCAGCCCCGCCAAGACGCCCACCAAGUCGCCGUCCGUGAACCGCGCAGGGAGAAAGAGCCAGGCUGCACAGACGACUCCAAACUGUGGCUCAUCACAGGAGCCCAGAGACGACCGCUCCUUCAUCUGCCCCCUGUGUGACAAGAACUGCGGCACUCAGCAUCAGCUCACUAUGCACAUCCGACAGCACAACACUGACAGUGGGGGAACGGACCACUCCUGCAGCAUCUGUGGAAAGGCCCUGAGCUCAGCCAGCUCCCUGGACCGGCACAUGCUGGUGCACAGCGGGGAGAGGCCCUACAAGUGCUCUGUGUGCGGCCAGACCUUCACCACCAACGGCAACAUGCACAGACACAUGAAGAUUCAUGACAAGGACCCGAGCAGCAUCAUGGCCUCCAACCCCCCCUCCCCCAUCAAGCGGCGACGCCCCUCCGCCAAGAGGAAGCCCAGCCUGGAGGACGAUGGAGAUCAGGGCGAGGAGCCGCCCAUUAAAAAGGCCUCUGAUGACAGCCUGCGGGAUAAGAGGAACACUGUGCAGGGGGAGGAGGAGCUGCACUGUCCCAUUUGCUUCAAGACCUUCAUCUGCAAGUUUGAACUGGAGUCGCACAUGGAGACGCACCCGGACGCCUCUCUCAGGUGUGACCAGUGCUGCCUCACCUUCCGCACGCACCGGGGCCUGCUGCGCCACAACGUGGUCAUCCACAAGCUGCUGCCGACCGACCCCUCUGGGCGCCCCUUCAUCCAGAACAACCCCUCCAUCCCCCUGGGCUUCAACGACCUGGCCUUCAUCGACUUCUCCUGCCUCAAGUUCCCCCACAUCGCCCAGGCCUGGUGUGAAACAAACCUGCGGCGAAGCACCAGCAAGUUCCACCGCUUUGUGUGUGAGACCUGCAACAAAGCCUUUCCCCUGCAGUCUGCCCUGGACCUGCAUUUGGCCACACACAGCCCUGAGGAUGGGUCAGAGGAGAACACCACGCCCACUUCUCGCCAGGACACGCCCCCUGUGGCGGAUAAGGCCAGCUUCAUGGAGUCCCUGGGUCUUCAGCACAUCUCCCAGGUCAAGCCUGUCCCCACAGAGGAAGAGACCCUUCAAGCGGUGCUGGACAGCAUUCGGGUAAUCCAUGUGGACCCGCCCACGUCCAGUCUACCUCAGGAGGCUGACGGGCUCAGCCUCCCCUUGCUGGACCCCACCGCCCUCCAGGGCCUGACCCAAAAUGGUGCCUUCAACUUCCUGUCCCUGCAGCCCUUCAUAGUCCAGCCGGAUGGCGGCAUGGUGGUGAAGCCCUUCUGCGGUGAGACCGGGCUGGAACUGGCCGACAUCCAGCAGAUCCUGAAGAUGGCGAACCAGAUCACCCUGCCGCCGCUGUCCAAGGCCCCCUGCAACCCCACGCAGUCCAGCUGCAAGCAGAUGCCCCCCCUGAAACCAAAGCCCCUGGUAGCCCCGCGUACCAACAUGGCCGCCUCUACCCCGCCCCCUCUCAUGAGCGCCCAGCAGGCUUCCCCGUGCUGCAUCAGCCCAAACCUUCCUCCCCCCACCAACCAGCUGCUGAAGAGCCCUGGGGAGUCCUCCUCCUCAUCCUCGAGCAGCCUAGGCAGUGGACAGGAGCUGGAGAAGAGUCCGAUGGAGGUGGAUGGCAUGUUGGACACGAUGAUGCCCGCGGGCACAGGCGAGCGGAAGAUCAAGCAGGAGGUAGGCGAGGAGAAAGAGGUGGAAGCGGGAGGGAAGAAAGCCGGACGCCCGGGUCAGUACCCCUGCCGCUUCUGCGACCAGGUCUUUGCCUUCUCCGGGGUCCUGCAGGCCCACAUGCGCUACCACCUGCGCAUCUCGCCCUACCAGUGCAACAUCUGCGACUACAUGGCCCCCGACAAGGCCACGCUGAUCCGCCACCUGCGCACCCACAGCGGGGAGCGGCCCUACGUCUGCCGCGUCUGCCACUACCCCUUCACCGUCAAGGCCAACUGCGAGCGCCACCUGCGCAAGAAGCACAUGAAGAACUCCCGCAAGGAGAUCGAGAAGAACAUCGAGUACGUGACCAACAGCGCGGGCGGAGUCGGCGCCACCACCCUGGACCUGCUGGACUCGGCCAGCGCCGGGGACACCACCUGCCGCUACUGCGGGGAGAACCUGAAGAGCUACCGGGCCCUGCAGAUCCACCUUCGAACCCACAACGGAUGCCAGCGCAAGCCCUUUGAGUGCCGCCAGUGCGGGGCAGCCUUCCUGGCCAAGAGAAACUGCAUCCACCACCUGCUGAAGCAGCAUCCAGAGGUGCAGGAACGAGAGAUAGAGGAGCACAUUGUCACCCUGCUGCCCGUCGUGACCCCUCAAGCUAACCCCCCCACCCAAAACGGCCAGGUAUCCAACGUGGCCUCUCGGCCUGUCAAGGUUGAAGACAUGAGCUUCUAUGCCAGAGAUACAGACCAGCCCCUGGACUUCUCCAGAAAGGGGCACGCUGGAGUGGGAAGCACAGGGGUCUCAUCCGGGAUCAAGCUGGAAGGAUCGUAUUCUUCUCAGCUCUACCUGUACGAGAGCUCCAUGGAGCCCAUUGACCUUUCCAUGCCCAAGAAGCCGGAAAAGAGGCUGAAGAAAGAGGCCACUGCCACGGAGGUCACGAACAAGCAGGCCUCUCCCAACUCUGACGACCCCCGUCCUCAGGAGAAGCCCUGUCUGUCCGCACCCUACCAGCUGUCCUACCCCGUGGCCUCCCCUCUCAAUGGCGUCAACCAGAACGCUGGCCGACCCCUCCGGCUGAAGCCCCUCCUGCCUAAACCGACCUCCGCCUCCAGCAAAGAGCUGCCCCCCCUGGCUUCCAUCGCCCAGAUCAUCUCUUCCGUGUCAGCCGCUCCCUCCUUGCUGAAGAGGGAGGGUGUCUCUGGCAGCCCCUGCCUGGGAGCAUCGCCAGAAAAGAGUCGUACAUUUAAAGGGCUCCAUGCCGACCUGGAGCUGUCCAGGCGGGAGCAGAGGCUUGCGGAUGCGGGCAGCCCAGACGCCUCGGCAGACAGCUCGUCUCCAGAAGAGUCCAAGAACAGGGGAAAGAAACGACCCUGCCGCAGCAAAGAGAGGCCCCCCGACUUCGCCGAGUUGGGAACGGGCAGCGGAAUCGACCUGGAGUCCAGCGGGGAGUUCGCCAGCGUGGAGAAGAUGCUGGCCACCACGGACGCCAACAAGUUCAGCCCAUAUCUGCACCCCAACUCACUGGCUCCUGGGAAGGCGGAGGGGGAGCGGCCGUCCACCAGCGAGGACGAGAGGGAGGGUCAGGAGGAGAAGCAGUCGCGCCUGCAGGCUAAAGGAAAGAAGAAUGCCUACUCUAACUCCCUGCAGAAAAUGACCUGCCCCUACUGCCCCCGUGUCUUCCCCUGGGCCAGCUCCUUGCAGAGACACAUGCUCACACACACAGGUCAAAAGCCGUUCCCCUGCCCACAGUGUGAUGCCUUCUUCUCCACCAAGUCCAACUGCGAGAGGCACCUGCUGCGGAAGCACGGGGUGGCCAAUCGCACGCUGCGACACAACGGCGGCCUGGGCAAAGCCAAGGAUGAUGGGUCGCAUGAGAGCGCAGAGAGCAUGUCGGAUACGGACACGGUCACUGGAGAAGCUCUGGACCUCACCGCGUCUGAGUCGAAAGAAGCGACUGAUUCCCAGGGUUCUUUCUCAGAUGGUCAGUCAGAAAUUACCAUGUCAGAACUGCCAGGCCUCCAGGGGGAGCGAGAGAGCCAGGGAGUCCACGUAGGGCCAAAGACCACAGAGAGCAACACUGAUGAAAAUGACGAAGAUUCUCAGAGCAACAAAAGCCUGGACCUGAACUUUGCCCGCAAGCUGAUAGACUUCAAAUUCUCUGAUGGGGAGCAGCACCAGCAACAGCCAGCAGAGGGCAGCGUGGGUCCAGAGAGCUGUCUGCAGGAGGAGGCCAAGCAUACCUGCGGGAGCUGUGGAAAGAGCUUCCGCUAUGCAGCCACCCUGACCCGCCACCAGAGGGCGCACUUGUCAGACUGCCAGACAGAGGGAGGGAAGAAGGCAUCUCUGCAAUCAGAUUCCAGCCAGGAGCCCCAUAGCCCAGAGGGGGAGCUUGUGGAGGAGAUGGAGUUAGAGGAAAAGAAGGGAUCGGUGGAGGGUGAGGGAAACUGCAGUGGAGAAGACAGUGGCUCAGAGGAAGAGGACAAAGACAGGGAAGACAAGAGUGAAGAGGAGGGCGGAGCCACCGAAUCAAAGAGUGGCGACGGCGAGGUGGUGGGAGGGGCCGGGAACAAAGCUGACAAGAGGAAGAAAAUCUGCAGCGUGUGCAACAAGCGCUUUUGGUCACUGCAAGACCUAACCAGACACAUGCGGUCUCACACAGGUGAGAGGCCCUACCAGUGCCAGACGUGCGAGCGCACCUUCACCCUGAAACACAGCCUGGUGCGGCACCAGCGUAUCCACCAGAAGCCCCGUGGGGGCGAGGAGGGGGGCGAGGGGGCGGGAGGAGCGGGCAGAACCAGAGGGGGGGGCAGUGAGGAAGAGGUAGCCAGCGGCCCCUCGGGCAGUGAGAGCGACUCCACCCAAAUCAGCACCAGCCCCCCCUCGGAGAAUGAGAACGAGGGUGAGUCAGCUGGUGGGUCCCAGGCCGGUGAGCAGGCGGAGUCAGGUGACCUGGGGGACGAGAGCGGGGAUAGCCAAAAGCAGAAUUCGCCCCAGACACAAGACUCCGCCCUUUCUACAGAGGUACCUCCCUCGGAACCCUUGGGUGAGCCAGCCCCCCCCACUACCACAGAGCCUGCAGGGGACUACAUCCAAGGCCUGCUGGAGAUCCACACCAAGCCCGCCCUGGACCACCUUUUGCCCUCUGGCGAGCCCCCAUUGGUGGGGGUGGAGUGAUGACCUGCCCCUUUUCACCUUGGAGUCAGCUGAUUGGUCAGUGCUGCUGUGUCACAUUGCCACGACAGCUACUGUACCAGAAUAGGAGAUGGUGCCAUACUCCAAACACCUUUCUAAUGCAAUGAAUUGUUCAAAAAAGAAUCAAAGACCACCUUGCUUCCGAGUGCCUUACUACUACUUUUGAAUCAAGUUACAUUAAAUGGAUGAUAUUAUUUUUCAUAGAAUUUUUAUGAUUAUUUCUUUGAACUUUUUUGAAAGAAAUGUACUGAAAAUAGAAAAAUCUACAAAAAAUGUGUGACUUACUGCAGCGAUCUGUAUGAUUGACAAAGAGAAGAGGUAAACAUGUUCCAUGGUCGUAGUUCAGCGUUCAGCUGCUGAAAAGACAGCAAAACUAACACCGUCAGAACUGAAGAAAGAGGCAGUAAAUUUGAUCACAGAACUGGAAAACACCUAAAGACUACAUGUUGCCUUUUGUCCUCAGCUCAGAACACACAGUUUGACAGGUUUUUCAUCUCCAUUGGAACUGAGUAAAUGGCCUGGUUUGUUUGUGAGACAAUGAGAGAGACUGGAAGAGAAGUGGUAAAUUAAGCCUCCUGAGUCCCCUAUUUUUACAAUUUACCAAACAAUGUAUUUUUAUCCCAUUUUCUGUUCUUUCUCUUUCUCUCUCUCUGAGUUAUUGUGAGGAGUAUUCUCUGUUACCAGAUAACAGAGAAAUAUGGGCAAUAUUUGCCUUGGAGUGUUUUUUUUUCCUUUAUUUUUUCCUCUAUCGCAAUUAUAGCAUGUCUUUCUAGCUGCCUACAAUUUGUAAACCCUGAAUGGUUUUGGUUCUGAGAGCUGAGUGGUCAGUCAGUUGCCAGGUUUAACUCUCUCUGGCCCAUGGGUACCAGUGUGAGGUUCUUAGCCCUCGCAGUUGUUGAUUCACACCCCAAAGACAUCCUCUACAAGGCCUUCCACCGCUUCUGUCUCUGUGCCCUACAUUAGGCUCCUGAUGUGUUUUGACAGAACUCCUGGCACUCUCCCAUUAUCUGGAGUAAAGUGACCUGUGGAGGUUUUUGUCCCAUACUUGAACUGUCACACUGCUGUUCCUGAAACCUAGCCUCUUGCCUUCUAGAACCUUCCGUGAGGAGGAUUUCGGCCACAAUCACCAGUCCAGUUGUUGGCCUGGAUUUUGUUUAUGAUGAUUGGGUUUUUAUAUCUGUACUUUUUUUAACGGAACCUCAGCAAACAAACAAAGCAAACCUCAAGCGCCUACAUUCUCCAAUGUACAGAGAGACCUGCUGGAAACUGAACGUCACCAGAGAGUGGGCGUGGUUUUGCCCGGUAGCCAUCCAUGUAUCCAGUCCAAUGUUCUCAAAUCUGGCACUAACCAAAAUGAAACAUGAGAAACGUGAUCAGAAAGUGUAUAAGAGGAGUGACACAGCUGUGAGCAAGAAGCAAUACUGAGAAUAAACAAUGCAAGAGACCAGUGGGUUUGGGUAGGGCAUGUGAUGGGGAAGCAGCCGUCUGAUUGGAUGCUACCUCGCAUAGUUCACAAAUGAGCAUUCUUCCUUCAGGAUGGAUUGGUGGGUGUGGAGUUUCAAUCCCUGCUGUUUCCUAUCCAGAAUCCCACAAAAA